UUUCCGUUUCCAAUAGAUGAUGAAAAAGUGAUUUAUUGGUAAAUGUGACGGUUCCAUGGUUUGAAGGAGGGGCCCCGCCCACGGCCCCACAUUCCCUCUAAGCACCCCUGGCAGAAUGAUGUAAAGCGCUCGAAGUGGCCGAUUGGCCAAUCCAAACAGCGGACGGACUCCAUGUCGGACUUUCCCUCCGCCCCUCCCUCUCUCCGCUCCUGUGCAGCGCGGUUACAGUGAUGCCUCUGCAGCUCACAGACGGAACGACACAGGAAGACUGGAGCGCACGGGACCCUACGAUCCAAGUGACGUCCUGCAUGAUCGAUCCACACUCGUAAUAAUCGCAAACCCGAGAGGCAAUUUGAACCACACUCUGAGGAUUAUUCUGGAGGCGAGUCCUGGACUAACAGUGAGCCGUGUUGACAGUGAGGUGGAGAAAUGUGCACGCAUGGAGGACGAGGAGCGUGGAAUUAAUCACAGGAGAGGAAAGAUACCGAAGAUGAGACACUAAAGGAGCCAAUGUGUUGUGUAUCCCACGGCGGCUCCGAGAGGGAGGAAAGGAUUUGGCAGUCGGAGUGAAAGCUGACGCUGUGUCACACAAUUUCCACUGUUCAAGAGCUAGUUUCAGGGCCUGUGCAGACUUCUGGCGGCAGCGGGUUGGAUGUGCAUGUCGACGCAGCCACGAUGACUAUGAAAGGCCUGUCCGGCAGCCGCAGUCACCACCACGCGGUGACCUGCGACCCCUCUUACGACUCCAUGACGCUGGGGCACUCGCACUUCCUCAACGCUGCGGAGGCUCACCCUGCUGACCACACCUGCUAUGCACAGCGCAACUCUGAGUGCAGUGCGUACCCUGAUCUGGCCAGCUGCACCUUCCCGCGCAGACAUUACAGCUCCCACCAUGAGCUGAAGGAGGAGUGCAGCGCUCUGGUGCCUUACACAGGGCCAAAGGGGGGCAGUAAGGGAAGCGGGGGAGGCGGAGGAAACAACACGCGCAUCGCCUCUAACCUGCUGGAGCAGUUUGAGUGCCAGCCACCGGCACGGCAUGAAGGCUACCACACACUGCAGUACAAGCGCACUGCAGUGGAGCACCAACGCAGUGACAGCCCUGGCCGCAUCCGCCACCUCGUUCACUCUGUCCAGAGGCUUUUCACUAAGUCUCACUCUCUGGAGGGGCCCUCGGGGUCUGGUGGAGGAGGGAGUGGGAGGAUGAACGGCAGCAAGUCCAGUCCCGACGAUCCUCCCUCUUCCUCUGGCACGCUGAAGCACAGCAAGCGCAGCAAGAGCAAGGACCGCUCAAAGUCGGAGCCCAAGAUGCGCACCGCCAUUUCGGGCUACUGGAGCUCGGACGACACGCUCGACCGGGAGGUCUGCCUCUACCACCAUCACCAUGCAGGAAGCACCGGAGGCCUGGCCUCUGGGGUCAUGACGAUGGGCCGCCACCCGGACAAAUCUCAAUCUCAGUACUUCAUGGAGUCCUACAACACAAUCAGUGCCCACUCUCUGAAGACGUCGCGCAGCAACAACGACGUAAAGUGCUCGACGUGCUCCGGGGGCAGCGGCAGGGGGCUGCCGCUGGUGAGCGCGCUGGACAGCCAGGUGCAGCUGAAGAAGAGCUUGUGGUCCUCGACUCUGACGGUGAGCAGAGCAAGAGAGGUCUACCAGAAAGCCUCAGUCAACCUAGAUAAAGCUCUAGUGAAAGCCGAGCAGGGACGCACCUGCCACUUCCUACAGGUGCCUCAGGACGACUGGAGCGGCUUCUCGCCGCUGGGGAAGGACGAUGAGAUCCCGUGCCGGCGGAUGCGCAGCGGCAGCUACAUCAAAGCCAUGGCAGAGGAAGACAGCGGCGACUCGGACUGCAGCCCCAAGCCCUCGCCCAAGGUCCAGGCGCGGCGGGCGAGUUACCUGAAGGCCACACAGCCGUCGCUCACGGAGAUGACGACACUCAAGAUUUCCACAGAGCACUCACCCAAGUUGCAGAUCCGGAGUCACAGCUAUCUGCGGGCGGUGAGUGAGGUUUCCAUCAAUAGGAGUCUGGACAGCUUGGACCCAGCAGGGCUGCUAGCCUCGCCUAAAUUCCGCUCGCGAAAUGAGAGCUACAUGAGAGCCAUGAGCACCAUCAGCCAGGUGAGCGAGGUGGAGGUGAACGGGCAGAUCGAGGCAGUGUGCGAGUCGGUGUUCAGCGAGAUGGAGUCGCAGGCGGUGGACGCCCUGGACCUCCCCGUGCCCAGCUGCUUCCGCAUGCGGAGCCACAGCUACGUGCGUGCCAUAGAGAAAGGCUGCUCGCAGGAGGAGGAGGAGGGAGGCGUCGCAGUGGGCGGCAGGAGGAGCAACUCGCCGCCGCGCACAACCACCACCGUCAGGACCAUCCAGAGCAGCACAGUGUCAUCAUGCAUCACCACCUACAAGAAGACACCUCCCCCAGUCCCACCACGCACCACCCCGUCCAAACCCUUCAUAUCCAUCACAGCCCAAAGCAGCACAGAGUCUGCCCAGGACGCGUACAUGGACGGGGGCUCCGGCCCUCGGACAGGCAUCAGCUCCCAGCCGGGCCUGUCCAACUCCACGGAGAGCAUCGACAGCAUGAAGGCCCUGACAGCGGCCAUCGAGGCGGCUAACGCUCAGGUGCACGGCCCUGCCAGCCAGCAUGUCACCAACAGCACCAUCACCAUCACUGCCACCGCCUCUGCCGUAGCCCAGGUCUCCACCGACAGCAAGGCUCAGAGGGAAGCCCUCCGCAAGUGCCUCUCCAUAGGGAUCCAGGUGGACCCAGAAGAAGAGGGGCCCACGGAGGAGCAGUCCAAAUUCCAGUCAAUAGGAAUUCAGGUGGAGGAUGAGCGAUGUUACCGCCGGAUGACCCGCUCCAACAGCGUGACCACAGCUGUGCAGGCCGACCUCGACGACCCCGCAGACGCCUUAGAGCUGCCACCGCGUCACUGUGCCACCAUGCCGCGCCAGCACUCCCGCGACGCCGCGUCUUCCUCCACCGUCAGCAUCCAAGGCUCGGGGAACCACUACCACGCCUGUGCCGGGGACGACUACGGGGAGGUGGGGUUCGACCCGUCCAUACUGCCCCCUCCGGACCCGUGGAUGGACAGCGUGCCGGAGCCGGAGGCAGGCGCUUUGGAAGCUGUCAGCAGAUCCGUGUGCCCCCGCGACGGCCGCUGGUUCCUUAAGCUGCUGCAGGCCGAGACGGAGCGCAUGGAGGGCUGGUGUCGACAGAUGGGGCAGGACGAGAUGGAGAACGAGCUUUCUGAUGAGAUCCUGGGGAAGAUCCGCAGUGCAGUGGGGAGUGCCCAGCUGCUGAUGUCCCAGAAGUUCCAGCAGUUCCGGGAGCUGUGUGAGGAGAAUCUGAACCCAAAUGCACACCCAAGGCCCGUCUCCCAGGACCUGGCAGGUUUCUGGGACAUGCUCCAGCUGUCCAUUGAGAACAUCAGCCUGAAAUUCGAUGAGCUCCACCAACUCAAAGCCAACAACUGGAAACCUCUGACCCCCCCGGAAAUUCAGGAGAGAAGGAUGCCGCCCCCCGUGCCAAAGAAGCCCCAGAAGGGCCACCCUCCCCUGGCGAGGGACCGCUCACUGGAGAGCUCCGAGCGCCAGCGCCUGGAGGCUCGGAAGCGCCUGCUCGCUGCCAAACGUGCAGCGUCAGCGCGGCAGAGCUCGGCGACAGAGAGCGCAGACAGUAUCGAGAUCUAUAUCCCGGAGGCUCAAACCAGACUAUGAGACACAUGCACCCAAAUACACUGUCCCCUCCACACAACAGCACUGAAUGGUGAGGCUAGGGUGCUAAUGUUAGAUAAUAUAUUGUUUUGGUGCAGAUUACUGUGCGGCCGAAUGGAAAUUGUUUUGAACAACAAAUGUACAUUUACAGUAUUUAUUUAUGUAUUUAUUUAUCUAUGUAUUUAU